UUAGUUCUUACCCAAGAAUCUCUGAUACGACUCGAAUCUUUCUCAGAGCGCUCUCAUGGCUUCGUGGUCGUUGUCCCUGAUGCCACCGGAGAUAAUACAAGAAAUCUUCUACAAAACCCCGGCGGAAGCUCUCGUCCGAUCAAAACCGACCUGCAAGGAAUGGUACGCUCUCAUCACCGACGGAAGUUUCACCAAAGAACACUUCCAACGCUCCCAAGAACACUUCAUAAGAAUCUUUGAUGAUACGGUCACAAUCAUGGAUCCAGUGACAGGAACGAGCUCAGUUUCACCAGUCCCAAACGAGUUACUACGACAUCCAUUUAAGGUCGAUACUUUGGCUUACACGUUCAUGGUUCACUGCGAUGGAUUCAUGCUGGUUGAGUGUAAUAUGUGGAAGUACAGAGACGACGGAUCAAGACACACCAACCUCGCGCUUUGGAACCCUGUUUUGAGAAACCUCAGAUGGAUCGAGCCCUCACGAAGUAUCACGACCUCUGACUACCACGGGAUUGGAUACGACAAGAACCAGCCUAGCGAUGGUUACAAGAUCUUGAGGUUUGCUAGUCGCCCUUGGGAGAUUGAGCAUCACGAAGAUGAACCGGAGGUUGAGAUUUAUGAGUGCAAGACGUGUUCUUGGAGAACCCUUGAUGUCGAGCUUGAUAAUGUAGGUAUCAUGCGUAAAUGUGUGGCUGUGAUGGGUAACAUGUAUUGGAUUGCUUGUAGAGUUGAAGAAGAUGAUGAAGAAGAAGUGUUCAUUCGCUGUUUCGAUUUCUCAGAUGAAACGUUCAAGGACAUAUGCUUCUGUCCAACCUCUAAUUAUGUUAAUAGUCACCUAGCUUUUUUCGACGGAGAUAGCUUGUCGUUGCUACAACAAGACCAAGCAUCGAAGAAGAUCCAAGUGUGGGUUUCAAGCAAGUUUGGUGAUGGUGAUGUCUCGUUUAGCAAAUAUUUCAGCUUGUCCGGUUCGGUUCUUCCGGCGUUAUGGGUCCACGAAAAUGCGGCUAGUCCUGUGUACUGCUUUGUGAAACCGAAGAGUGUCAUCGUCUGGUGCGUGGGAGUUGAAGGAGAAGGUGAUAAGGUUUGUUCUUGCUGUACUCUGUACGAGAUUGAUGAGGAUGGGGUGAAGAGUAAACGGGAGACAGAACGAAGCUACGUGCGUGACUUGUAUCGCGCCUUCGUUUGUGGCUAUGUCUACGUUCCAAGUUUGAUCCCUCUUCCAUGGGUAAGAGAUUAGGGUUUUGUUUCUUGUUCUAUAAGCUUUCCUUUUGCUCUUUGUACGUUGAUCUUCUGUCCAUGUACAUAUCGAAAGCGACUAUGGUGCUAUGCAGAUGUUACUGAAAAUGACGUACGCUGUUUUUGGUUUUUGUAUUACAA